AUGGAGAGAGUAAAAUCCAUUGGGAAGCGAUAUUUUUUCUGGAAAGAAUGGAAUCCUGAAAACCGUAUUGAGUGUUUCGAACUACAACUAACAAUCUUGAAGCUUGUUGGAAUGUGGCCAUCCGAAGAGAGCUCGUGGAAGCGAAGCAAUCUAAUUUACUGCUGGUGUUUGCGUAUAUUUUUUGUAUAUCUUUUUGCAUUAACUCAAAUAGUAUUUAUCUUGAACGUUGAUGAUUUGUUGGGAGUUGCUGAAGCCCUGUGUUUGUUGAUGACACAAGUAACUCUAAUUAUCAAGCUAGAGGUAUUCAAUGCAAACAUAAAUCGCAUUCAAAGAUGUCUGCGAAAGGUGAUGUGCAAACUGUAUGAUCCAACCAGCGAAGCCGAGAGAAGGCAACUUGAUUUAUUCACGGAAACUAGAGCGGUCAAAGAGGACAUGACGAAAACUUGGUUCCUUGGAAUAUUUCUGUUAGUGGUGUCCGUCGGAGCGAUCUUUUUCUGGGGCAUUCGACCACUGAUAAUGGCAGAUGGAACAUUGCCGCUUCCAGCUUGGUACCCAUUUGAUCAGCAGAAUUCAUCAACCGUUUAUGCAAUGCUAUGGUUAUACCAAAUAUUCGGAAUUGCGUUAAGUGCUGUUUACAAUAUCUCAACCGAUACGUUGGUAACUGGAUUAUUGGCCCAACUUCACGGGCAACUUGAACGCCUCGGACUAUUGCUGAGCAAGACAGGAUACCAACCAUCCGGUCUGGGCAUUCAAAGUAGUUCAAACGUAGGUUUCUGUGUUAAAAACCUAUGUGAUUUAUGUCUAGAUAUGCGAGAGAAAAGAAAAGAUAUUAUUGAUCUAUCCGCGCUAAAUGGAAAUUCAUACGGUGACUUAGUCGAACUCGUGCUGUUUCAUAAAGACUUAGUAAGAUUUCAACGGGAAAUAAUAGACAUUUUUAGUAUCUCUAUAUUUGCUCAGGUGAUCGCUUCGGUUAUUAUUAUUUGUAUGACUGCUUUCACGAGUACACAAACGCAUUGA